AUGCCAAUGGUCAAGGUUCUUGCAAGUCAGGUCGCUGACUCUGCAGCUUGUGCCGUCUGUCAGGAGGAGUACACCGAGAGCGAGACGGUUGCCGAGCUCCCGUGCCACCACCUGUUCCACAAGGCCUGCAUCGUCCCGUGGCUCAAGUCGUCCAACUCGUGUCCGUCCCGAGCCUGA